AAAAUAAUCCGUGAGCGCGCCUUCGUUACGUGACGUCAAGCCCCCACCGAGAGCGCGCGCGGGAAUGAAACAGAAACAUGGCUGAAAAGGUAACAGACAGUGACGGGGAUGUAGCCAUAUCAGAUCCUCCAAAACAAGCCCCCAAACGCCGACGCCUCCUCGACGCUUCCUCCUUCACAACAGUACCUGUUUACUCCAACAAGGUUAACAGCUCCUUAAAUCUGAAGCCAGUAACCUUCAAACACUCAACUCUCACAGACGAGGAAAAAGGUGGUGCUCUGUGGUCUCCUUCCCCACCCCGUACAGAGAGACGGCCAAUCAGCAUUGAUCUGAGUGGCUCAGAGGAGGAGCCAGAACAGACUGAAGCUCAGCAGAUCCUCCGUUCCCCCUCUCCACCCCCUCCUCCAUGUAGUCCACCAGUGAAACGGAGCAGACGGGCAAACCAAAAAAUACAAGAAAUCAACAGGAAAUUGGAUGCGAUUGGCUCUCUGGUGUGUCUCUCGCCUGAGCCUCAGGAGCCUGUGGUUGAAUACAGAAACUCUCCAUCUCCUGGGAAUCACUCUGAUGAUGAUGACGAUGAUGAUGAUGAUGAUGAUGACGAUGAUGACAUUGUCAUAAUUUCUUGUGACCGCAAAAAGAAACGAUGUCCCCAAAAUACUGAGGCCAGAGACUCUGCGCGAGAAAUUUCACUAAAAUUUCGCUGUCGAACAGAGCUGUACAAAAUCAGAAUACUGUCUACGGCUCCGUUGAGUAAAGCUGUGGAACAGCUGGCCAUCAAACUCAGUGUCCGACCCAGCCAGAUUCUGUUGUUAAAGAAAGAUAUUGAUCUCCCUGUUCACUCGUCCAUCAGUGAGCUGGGUCUCGGCAUAGCUGACAUUAUAGAUUGUGUAGUAACAGAGAAUCAACAAGAAGAGAGCGACAAAAGUAAUGUCAUUACUGUGCGAUUGCAAGGCAAGGAGAAAGCAUCUGUGCAGGAGUAUUCCCUACAAAAGAAUGCUCCUCUAGGGUCCGUCCUGUCUCAGUACGUCUCUGGUUUGAGUGCCAGUGCCAGAUCGAAAGCCAAAUUUCUCUUUGAUGGGUCAAGGGUCUCAUAUAAUCAGACUCCAGCUGACCUGGACAUGGAGGACGGUGACGUCAUUGAAGUCUGGGUCUAAACGCCCUCAAAUAUUGUUGUCCUGUCUGUUUUGAAAACCAUGUUCUGUAUUGCAAUGCAAAAUGUAAUAUGAUAUGGUUUCUGUGGUUCGUAUGGACGAAGGAAAAGAUUGGUAGAGGAGGUCAAACUAAUUUCCAGACCUUCUUAUCCCUUAAAACAGACCUCCAGAAUUUUUUACAAUUUUUUUAAGGUUUCAUGAAUAAUACACAGCUGAUAUGUUUGAAGACAUGCAAAAACAAUCUAAGUCCAUUUUACAUUGUGUAUAUACAUCAGAUUUAUUUAAGAAAAACAAAAAAUAUAUAUAAAGAGUAUACUUGAUUGAAAUGAUUAUAAUAAAAUGACAAAUUUGA